AUGUCUCAUUCACUCAGAGAAAUACUGACAAAAGUUAAGAGUAAUGUGGCUGACAUCAAACAUAUAGUGGCUUCGAUUGAUGAUGGCGAUGAAGAAAAUCCUCCUAGCUCUCCAGGAAAUGAUCAACCACCUCUACCACCACCACCAUCUGGUAGUAAUCCACCUCCACCACCAUUUGGGGAGAAUCAAGAACUAGUGAUGAUGACUGUAAUUCCAUUUCAGAAUGAACAGUGUGAAUCAGAAAGGGAAGAUAAUCAGGGAGCAAAGAGUCCUCUGGGAACUCGCAGUGACAUUGAGUCUGAUGAUGAUCAAGUCAAUCCAAGAAAAAGAAAGGCUUCUUUUUUAGGGGGAUCAAAUGACGCUAAAGCUGGAAGUUCCUCAGCUGUUGGUUGCUCUUCAGUCCCUCCUCCUUCUAAAAAAAGAAAAUUAACGGUUUAUUUGGAAGAAUUGGAUCAGAACUGA